ACGAGAGCCUGCGAUGCUGCCGCUCUGGUUGGGUGGCACUCACAUUUUGCUCGCUUGGUUGUUGUGGCGGAGGCGAGGCGCCAAUAGAAAAGCAGAUGACGCCGUGAACGAGGCUGUUCAGAAUGCCGCAGCCCCCACCGCCGCCGCCGCCCAAUCGGCAGAGCACUGCGCCACCGAGGUCAACCAGUCCCCUGCUGCAGCCACUGCUGCCGCCACCGCUGCCGCGCCCAGGGCGCCGCAGCCGCGACUGGCGCACCCGCACGCCGACCUCAUCCAGCAGCUGUGUAGCCAGCCACCGCCCCUGCAGCCAACACUAACGCCAUGGAAACACGAAGAUCAGGAUACCUUCAUUCAUUCAUUUACCUGGGUCGACACAGUCCCCAAGCUGGCAGCAGCAGCCAUGGAGCUCUAUGAACAGGACAGGACAGCCCUGGAUGUUGAACAUCACUCAACCCACACCUACUCGGGCUUGACAUGCCUGGUGCAGCUGUCCACAGGCAGCAAAGAUUACCUCAUCGACUCGCUGGCCCUGCGUCAGGACAUGCACCUGCUGGCCCCGGUGCUCUCCAAUCCAAGGAUAUGCAAGGUGAUCCACGGCGGCGGCAACGAUGCGGUGUGGCUCCAGCGGGACUUUGGCCUCUUCCUGGUGAACGUGUUUGAUACCGAGAAGGCAUGCCAGGUGCUGGGCUACCACCAGCGCUCCCUGGGCGCAUUGCUGCAGCGCUUCUGCGGCAUCCAGGCUGACAAAAGCCUGGGCCAGCGUGCAGACUGGCGGCGGAGACCGCUUUCAGCAGAGCUCAUAGAUUACGCACGCCGCGAUGUGCAACACCUGCUCACCAUUGCCGACCGGCUCGGCCACGAACUUCUGGCCGAGCAAGGCCUGCUGGCUCAGCAACUGCAGCCCGCUCCUACCAGCACCCAGCCUUCUGUGGUGGAGCAGGGUCUCGCAGCGCGCCACGCCUUGGACGCAGCCAUGAAGCCACACAGUCUGCUGUGGCGCGCAGUGCACCGCUCCCAAGCUGUUACGCUGUCGCAGUAUCAGCCCACGCCGCCGGCUGCAGCUGUGGAUGCUGCUGCCAUGGGCCUCAUGCGGCGGGCCAUGGCAGCUGCCCACGAGCAGCACGUGGCAGCGCUGCUGUCUGAGGCAGCCCUGGGGCAGACGCCGUGGGUGUGCGCAGAGGUGCAGCAGCUGCUGCAGGAGGGAGGAAGGACGGUCCACGGCAGCAAGGCCUCCAAGGUGCACGACCCCGUGGCCUUCAAGCAGCGCCUCGCCCAGCGCUUUGCUGCGAAGGGUGUGGUGUACGAGAAUUGCUGCAUGUAUGACCAGGAUGGCGAGCUCCUGUGUCACACCGAUCGCAAGAAGCUGGAGUGGUACAUCAGGAAAGGGCUCGCCGUGAAGAAGGCAAACAAGUGUGUGUCAUGCGGCGAGGAAGGCCACUAUUUGAGGUACCGCGUCGUGCCCACGUGCUAUCGCCGAGCGAUGCCCACUCGCUUGAAAUCACACCGCAGGCAGUUGGUGUCGCAGAUCCGAACGUUCCUAGGCACGGAUUGCGCAGAGGCAUCCCAGGACUGCCUGACCGAGCUGGAGCAGUAUGGCGGCAUGCUGGCUGGCCUCGGGCAUAGGACGCGGCGCCGCACCCUGAAGCGCUGGGUCCGGCAAGGGCAGUGCCUGCCCGCUCCCCUGGCAGCCGAGGCCGCAGACGCAGCAGGGCUUGGUGCACCCAGCGGCGUCGCUGCAGGGCAGGCAUCAGAGGAUGAUGAAGCAGAGGUCCACGGCGCCGAGGUCAAUGGUGGCGCCAUGCCGCAGCCCCCACCUGGCCUUGGCUUGAGCGAUCUCCGGAAUACGGGGCACCUUUGGCAUGGCCAGCAGGUGGUUGAGCAUCUGACAUCCCAGGGCGGUGACGAGGCGCUGCUGGGGCUCUGCCACCGCUUCAGGCAGUGUUUCGUUGAUACACUGCAGCCGCAGUUCUUGCCGCCGGGCUGGGUUUACCAUUUCGGCAAGCGGCAGUUUGGGCCGUUUUCAAUCUAUCAUGAAGGAGGCGUGGAUGAUGGAUGAUGCCAUCAGCCGCGCGGCGCCGCCCCGUGCGCCAUGGCGCGCCAUUGGAGCCAAUGCUUGUCUCUCGCAUCCUUCUUCUUCCCGAAGUGUUUCUGGUACAGUCUCCUAGUGUCAAGUGGCUCUUUG